ACUUUUCUAACAAGACCACUGUCUUUUCACCACUUCAAGUAAACUCCAUCAUUAAGGGAGAAGUUCGCUAAUUCUGGUGUUCUAAGGAAGUUCUCCUCCCUCUACAAUCGGGUACAUAACUAUUUUUGGUUACAACUUUUGGUGAUUCAAUCAGCAGCAGAAGAUGGAGAUUGGGCAAAGAAACGACUAUAUCAGUCCUCACUGGAAAAGGGAUCCGUCUUUCAUAGAAGGGCCAGAUUCUGCAGGAUCAUUUAGUAUUCCGGUCCGAGCUUUGAACAUCGCAUGGGGAAGAGACCAUCGUUACUGGCGAUGGAUUACGCUUGGCGAAGACGAAAAUAGGUCAGUUGGCUUUGAGGAAGCUGUAUUACUCGAUCAAGUGAACUGGUUUGAAGUGACUGGAAUGUUGGACAUUCCAUGCUUGAACUUGGCCGUGCACACCACCUAUAGACUAUACUAUGUAGUAAAGUUCUUGCCUGGUGCAUUUGGGUGGCAUACGGCCGAUGUCAAAUUCAUGGUGAAGUUCAAAAAUACUCAGGAGAUCAUGUCUACUGAGCUCAUCAUACUGGAGACCUACAAGAAGCAACCUGAUCAGUGGCAUGAGAUACCUGGUGGUAAACCCUUUGUUGUUAACAAUGAAGUUCUAAUCACUACCGUUGAGUUUGGAAUGUUUGAAGUGGAAACUGAUUGGUGGAAGGGUGGCAUGGUACUUGGAGGGGUCAAAGUUAAACCAGACAACCCUCCUGCCACAGAGCUGCAAUAAAUAAGAGUCUUUACUAUUGUUCUUAUCAUCAUUUUUUCCUUUUUUGGAGAGAAGGAAAUGGAUAAGAUUUGAGGAAUAUUGAGCUAUGUUGCAGUCGUUCCUUCUCUUCCAAGGCCUUGGAAUGUGUUUAUUUGUUUAUUCUCGGGUCAAGCCGGACACCAUCUCAAUAUUUGUGUAUGCGCAUGCUUGAAAAAAUCAUGUGCUGUUGUUAUGGUUUCCAGACAUCCUACCUUGCUGCUUCCAGGACAUCUAACCAAUUCU